AUGGUUAAACUUGAUAUAUCCAUUAAUUUUUGUGUUUUUAUGCUCUUAAUUUAUUUAUUAGAAAUUGGUUAUGGAGAUGUGAUUGAAGUGCCACCAUUGAACAUCAACCAACAAGAUCUUUUGAAGCAUUUAUCAUUAAGAGAUAUAAAAAUUGAUUUUCCAGCUCUUUAUGUAUUCGGAGACUCUUUUGUUGACAAUGGAAACAACAAAGUAAUUUUGGGAAAUGAAGAUGCAAUUGGAGGAGGUUAUUUUCCAUUCGGAAUUGAUUUUGAUGGAAAAUCUACUGGUCGAGUUACUAAUGGUAGAAUUGGAGUAGAUUUCAUUGCUACAGUAGGAGGUUUGCCAUACCCACCACCAAUUAUGGGUAUGUCUAAGAUAGACAGAAAAACAAUCAGUACCGGUGUUAAUUAUGCAUCUGGUUCUUCUGGACUUCUCCCUCAAAAUGGACAUGUUUUGCAUAAGAAUGUCAUCAACUUCUUUCAACAAGUAGACUUGUUUGAGAACUCAACAAUGAAGGAUUUGAAGGGUACAUUUGAUAAUCCUAAAAGACUCAAGAAAUACCUGUCCAAGUCUCUAUUUUUCAUCCAUCACGCAAGCAAUGAUUUAGGGGUUACCUUUGAGGUCGAAAUGAAGAAAAAGUACUCUAUUGAUACAUAUGCCAAACUUCUAAUUAAAGAGCUUUCCAAGCAAUUGCAGAGAUUAUAUACACUUGGUGCUCGAAAAUUUUUUGUAAGCAAUGUAUCACCGUUAGGAUGCUCACCAUACAUCAUAAAUACAAUAAUUCAUAGUGGACCGUGUGUCGAAGAAAUAAACAAACGAGUAUCUCUUUACAAUGACCUCCUUCCUGAUUUGUUGGAAAAAUUGCAAUCUAGUCUUUCAGGCUCUAAAUUUGUUCAUGGAGAUAUUUACAAAGUUUUUCAAGAUGUGUUUGAAUCACCUGAAUCUUAUGGAUUUAAGGAUGUGAACAGUUCAUGUUGCAUUGAUAAGAAUGGAACUAGAAUUCAAGUUUGUGCUCCAAAUAUUGAUCCAUGUGAAGAUAGAAAGACUCGUGUAUUCUUUGACCCAUUCCACCCAAGUGAAGCCAUGCACUUCCUUUGGGCCAGGCGUUUCUUAAAGGACUCCUCUAUUUGCUCCCCUAUCAAUUUGAUUCAGUUAAUGCAAGCAUGAUUACUUGCACUAGUGUAUCCAUGCCAUG